UACAACACGCUUAUGUGAAAACGUCACAAUUUUGAAGGCGGUACUGUAACCAUAUAUACGGCCUUAAGCCUGCCACGUAUUCAGUUGAGCUUUCAACAUGAAAAUGUAAUACUUGAAGGAUUGUUAAAGUCGUGCUAUUGAAUACUUGGUUAAUUUCUAUCAUCCGCGUUGGAGUGAGGAAGCGAGCGUUUGAAAUGAUCGUAGGCAUGCGGUUCCCACUGUCAUUGACUCGUAAACAUCAGGAGAGUUGAUGACAGGAAAGCAGGUGCUAUAUACAGUUGACAGCUUGGGGAGAUGUCUCUGCCGAAAGUUAGGAAAGUUGCCUUUGGGCUAAAAAGCCUCCAUUCCACGAUUUGUAUUUCAAGUAUCACAGUCCUGGCUUUAAUAUGUGUCGCCAAAAUUUCACCAGCCUUUGCGGAGGAUGACAUGAUGGUGCGUGCAUUUGCCGAAAGAUUCCGUAGCUUGUCAGGGGAAGAACUCUACGACCUGUGGCACACCGACUGUCACCGACGUUGUCGGGCCCAGCUGAUAGAACAUAUUAACCUCGCUUGCAGCUACGACCCCUACAAAAUAAUCUCAAAGCGUUCUGUGAACAGCACGGUAGUGAGGAAGCACGUCAGUGACCAUGAUGGCGACAGCGAGAAGAAAGCGUCCAUCUUUAUUACCCGUCAUGCCUCUGCUGCGUUUUUGGCAACUGGACAUAAGACAAAGACUGUUGGUCACAAAAUUGUAAAACGGGGAAUUAUGGAGGAGUGUUGUUACAUGAAAGCCUGCUCGUGGGAGGAGUAUGGAGAAUUUUGCCACACCCACAACAGACAAACAACGGACCGCGUAACAAGAUGUAACAAAUGAGCCAUCUGAAGUUGGUUUGGAUGAACGUUCAACAGUCUUGCGGAAAGUAGUUUCGACCGUUCUCUUCCUUCUGUGAUUUGUGUUACUUUCUGGUGGCCAGCUGGCCUCGAACCGAUGAUAUUGGAUUGUGCAGCUCGUGGUCAUCUCGUAAGGACAAAAUGAAAUCUCGAACGCAUCUCAGCAGUUUGUUGUUGCAAAUACAGUGAAACAUUGGUGCCGCCAUUUUGUUUAUUUCAUCAUGUACUCUGUACAACUACCUAUAUCAAGUGACAGACACAGAAAUGAAUAUUGACCAUAACGCUUGAAGAUAAACUUAUUUUUGUGUUGGCAAUCUUUUACUUUGGUAAAAGAAAUAUAUGAAAAAGACUUAUUUAUUUAUAACUGUAUGUGUUUCGUUACACAAGAUCUUCUGUUAAAACUGUACAUUUUGGGUGUAGUUCAUCUAUACUUGUGUUGUGAAUAUUUCAGUCCGUUGACUACGUA